CAGCGCCGCAGCCUGGAGCGGCAGCGGGGCCAGACCGGCCCCGGUCCCGGUCCCGGGGGGAGAGCGACCCCGACCCCGGGGCGGCGCGGCGGGAGGGCGGGCGGCGGCGGCGGCGACCUGCGCGCCCUGCUGAAGAUAUCGCUGCUCAACGACCGGCACCGCUACGACGACGAGGAGUACGAGGAGGAGGAGGAGGGGGGCGCGGCGGCGGGGGCGGCGGUGGACGAGGGGCUGGUGCGAAAAUGCACGGAGUGGCUGCGAGGGGUGGAGAGCGCGGCCGGGCGCGACCGCACCGACCGGCUGGAGACGCUCCCGCACCUCGGCACCCUCUGAGCCGCCGCGGGGGCGGACCGGCCCCCUCCGCUCCCCCUGGCUGCCCUGCCGUCCGUCCGCCGCGGUGCCGGGGCAGCCCCAGCGGGUGAGGGGGGGGCGGCGGCCCCGCAACCAGCCCCCGGGGCGAGGGACAAAGGAGCGGCGCCGGUCUCCGCCCGCCCACCGGGUGCUGGGGGUGAGAGGAGCCGGCUGUGGGCGUGCGCUCUCCUCCGCCGCUUGUUUGGGUUUGUUUUGUUUUUUUAAGACUUGCGACUACUUUGUAAGACGUGCGUAACGAUUUUGUAUAUUUGUACAUAAAAGUUCAUUUUUAUUUAUUUGAAUAAAUGACUCAACUUUCGUGGUGCAAU